CCCUUUGCACACGACUCAGUUUCUAUUAUCAUAUAGCACCGCGGGAAAGAGCCCCUCAGUCGAAGGAGCUCCAGCUCAGCAAGGGAAACUUUACCGGCUCGAAAGCGCAUGUUGUAUUUUCAGUUUUCUCAGUGAAACACGUUAUGAUUUGAGAUGACUUUCAAACAUAUUACGUUUACUGAAGUGAUUUAACUCAGUCAGAAGGAUAUUCGGCCAGUGUUAUUUUUAAAAAGUUCCGCUGCGGUAUAUUGUUGCAGUUGGAAAUGGAUCAGUUUACAGAUUCAGAAAAAGCUAAUCUGAUAAGUGAAAAUAAGGCCAGGAUGUACACUCUACGUUUGAAGAGCCCCUUUUCCAGUUCAAAAGAAACCUAUCCAAAUUACCCAUUUGACAAUGGAAGCAAUGCAAACUCAAUUGAAUUGGAGAGAUAUACAAGUCAGCAUUGCCACAGCAGAUCCACAUCAGAUACUGAAAACAGAGAGAAGCUGCAGGCAAGAAGGAAGCUCUAUAUUGCAGCUACUAUUUGUCUGAUAUUUAUGGUUGGAGAAGUCGUAGGUGGCUACUUUGCCCACAGUUUGGCCAUCAUGACAGAUGCAGCACAUUUACUGACCGAUUUUGGCAGUAUGCUAGUUAGUCUCUUUUCCCUUUGGAUUUCCACACGACCUGCCACAAAAACAAUGAACUUUGGAUGGCAUAGGUCAGAGAUUCUAGGGGCUCUUCUUUCCGUACUAUCAAUUUGGGCAGUAACAGCUGUGUUGGUUUACCUUGCUAUCCAGCGACUGAUCAGCAAAGACUUUGAGAUUGAAAGCCAUGUAAUGCUUAUAACUUCUGGGUGUGCAGUCGGAGUCAAUAUCAUAAUGGCUGUCAUACUCCAUCAAUCAAACCCUUACCACAGCCAUGGCUGCGCAUUUGGCUAUGAGGAGUUAGAAAGCAGCACAGUUGAUGAAAAUUCUUCCCAACAAGGUCAUCUGGGCAACACCAGUGUGAGAGCAGCUUUUGUGCACGUUAUUGGAGAUUUGUUUCAGAGCAUCGGAGUGUUUGUGGCGGCUACAGUCAUCUUCUUUAAGCCUGCAUAUAAAGUCGCAGAUCCUAUCUCCACAUUCUUUUUCUCGAUUUUUGUGCUGGGUUCCACAAUAACUAUUUUAAAGGACGUCUUUCGUGUACUUAUGGAAGGUACCCCAAAAGGAAUGGACUUCAAUUCAGUGAAGGAGGUUCUUCUCUCUAUUAAAGGAGUGAAAGCCAUGCAUGGUCUCCAGCUCUGGGCACUGACAUUAAGCCAGCCUGUGCUUUCUGUUCAUAUUGCUAUUGAGGAGAAUGCAGAUGCGCAAUCUGUGUUGAAGGAAACCACAGAAAUCCUUCACAGCAAGUUUACCUUCCACACCACAACAAUUCAAGUGGAAAAAUUCUCGGAGGACAUGCUAGAUUGCAGUCAGUGUCAAGACCCAAAAGACUAAGAUUUCUUUCAAAUUUAAAAUCCCAGGAGGUGCCAUUUGUUGUUGUGUUGUACACCUGUCUGUGUAUUUUACAGGAUUUUGAAAGAUCUACUCAAGAUUAUCCUACCACAGGGUACUGAAAUAAAUAAACAGUGUGAAACUUCAAUUUCCCUCUGAAAAGCAAAAUAAAAGGAAAAGCUCAGAAGGGGAGAUCAAUUUAUUUUACAGUGAGUCACAAUCUUGCUGUGAAAUUACCCAACUCCAAAGAUGAGCAAGUUAGUUGGAUUGUAAUAUUGCCCAUACUGUUCAGGGAUAUGCAGGCUAGGUAGGUUAGCCAUGGGAAACGCAGGGUUACAGGGAGAGGUAGGUGCUGGGUCUGGGUGGGAUGUUCUUCGGAGGGUUGGUGUGGACCUGUUGGUCCUAGUGGCCUGUUUCCACACUAUAGGGAUUCUAUGAUUCCAUGAACUCAAUAAGCCUUUCAUAUUUCUAGGCUGGGAUCAAUAGUUCAGUACAGGUUUAACAACUCUCAAUAGGUCAUAUUAUGUUAGUAAUUAGGCAUAACUAGGGGAAGGACUCAUCCAAGAUCUGAGAAUUAGACGUUCUGUUAUUUAACCAAGUUACAAGAGCAGAAUUCUACUGAGGCCCUCUGAAUGCUGCUGUUAGGCUGAAAUUGGGUUCAGAAGUCUUCACUAUCUGGGGAACAAUUCCUGGGUGGAACAAUUAAUUGUCAGAGGGCUGGCUGUUAAAGCUGGAGGGCUUGCAGAGGUUCUCCAGUUUGAAAACAGCAGCAGCAGGGUGCUGUGUUGGGUAAGUGAAGGAAUGGAGACACCCACUCUCCAGUAUUUUCAAAAAUAUAUGAAAAUAAUAAGGUUCAACAACCUGACCAUCAUUGCUGUUAAGGAGUGUCUUGGGGAGAACUUUCACAUGAUAGCCUGCUACUGAUUCUAGGUGGGCUGUGAGGGCCAAUCAGAGUCAGCAUUCUUUUAAUUUACCUUUCAUUAACUGUUAGCCUUGUAGUGGGUAGCACUAUUACAUCACCAUCCCAUCUCGAGGAAAAUGGUCCAGGAUGGGGCUGGGGCAUGAAGCAAGGCAGCCAGCUUACCAAAUUUCUUACUGCUGCAGCUGCAAAUUUCUUAGUCCCUGUUCGUUUCAAUUCGCUGUCAAAGUGGGAGUGAAGGAUAGAAAAGAAAAAGUACAGCACAGUAUAGCCUGUCAAAGAUUCCUGUUUAGCUAUUAAUUUGGCAUGUCUGACUUGAUUUGAAUCAAUAAUUUCUGUGUAUGAUAUUUAGAAUACCCAUUUCUAUAAACAGGACCUAAUGAAGCUUGUACAGGAUAAAAAUAUACUUUGUAAACUGGUUAAAGAGUACGUUAUGAAUAGUGAUAAUCCAGAAGAAGUUACUAAGGUUUUAAUUAUAGAGACAAAAAAAUGUAUUUCCUGCCACUAGGCAAUACAAGCUGGAUGCAAGGAAUGAUCAAAAUUAGGCCUUGGAAAUUUUGUGAGUAAUUGAAGUAAUUCUGACUUCAGAAAGAUUUCAUCAACCCUUAACCCAUUCUUAUACAGCAUUUUGACAGAGAGUGCAUAGGCUGGCUGCCCUGUAGGCAGCAUCCCUCCAAUGAAAGGACAUGGACAAUUUAAGAAGAAUGAGGGCUUCAUUUGAAGGUAUUGAUGUAUUUCAUGCAAUGUUUCAAAGAAAUUCUGGUUGAAAAAUCCUUUGUAAUUGAGGGGUCGGAGUGAAACUUGGAAAUGUACACUUGAUAGAUUGGGAGGGUGGAAAUACUCUGAACAUUCUUUGCGCUUAAUAGUUGAAGUAUACUUAAUAAGACUUAGCAGAUAUGUAAAGUCAGCAGUUAGAAGAAAACACAUCAUCGUGUUACAUCGUAAACUCAAAAACUGUUGCAAAUCAUUUUCAUUCACCAUAAAUUCAAAAUUCUCAAAAACAUCCAAUUGUAACUAGCAAUGAGACUGUAAGCAACGGCUUUGUGGCAGAGCUAUGAGGAAAAUGGCAUCACAGCUCUGCUAACCUUCAGGCAAUUUGAUUCACUUCACUUCAAGAAAUGGCUAAUGGCAUUGACCACUGCAAAAGACUGUGCCUCUGACAACAUUAUGGCAAUCGUACUAACAACUCAUACUCCAGAACUGUUUGCACCCCAAACUGUUCCAGUAUAGAUACAGCAGAAGCAUUUACCCCACAAUGUAGAAAAUUGCUGAGAUAAGUCCUUUCCACAAAAAGCUGGACAAAUCCAAUCCAGCUAAUUAUCAGUCCAUAGGUCUACUCGCUCAUCAGCAAAGGUUUGAAGGUUUGUCAACAACGCAAUCUAGCAGUACUUACUUUGCAAUUACUUGCUCCCUAAUGUUCAGUUUGGGCUUUCCCAGGCCCACACAAUUUCUGACCUAUUACAGACAUGAUCCAAAGUGGACAAAGAGCAGAAUGCAAGAGAGGAAUUGAGGGGGACUGCCCUUGACACCAAGCAGUAUUUGCUGAGAAUGGAAAUCAAAAAAUACUGGCGAAACUGGAGUCAGUGAGGAUCAAGGGGAAUAAUCUCUGCUGGUUGGGGUCACACCGAACACAAAUUGUGGUUGUUGGAGGUCAAUCAUCUCGGCCAUAACAUAUUUUUGCAGAAGUUCCACAUGAUAGUGUCCUAGGUUCAACCAUCUUCAGCUGCUUCAUCAAUGAUCCUCCCUCCAUUAUAAAGUCAAAUGUGGGGAUGUUCACUGAUCAUAGAAUCCCUACAGAGUGGAAGAAGGCCAUUUGGCCUCUAGAAUGUACACUGGCCCUCCAAGGACCAUACCACCCAGACCCAGACCCACCCUAUCCCUGAAAUCUUACAUUUCCAAUGACUAAUUCACCUAGACUGCACAUCUGUGGAAACAAUUGACAAUUUGGCAUGACUAAUUCACCUAACCCACACAUCUUUGGAAUACGGGAAGAAACCACAGCAUCCAGAGGAAACUCAUGCAGACAUUGGGAGAAUGCACAAAUUUCACACAGGCAAGCUGCCUGAUGCUGGAAUUAAAUGCGGGCCCCUGGCACUGUGAGGCAGUUGUGCUAACCAUUGUACUAACCCAAUGAUUAUUGCACAAUAUUCAGCACCUCAAGUAUUGAAGCAACAAAUAUUGGACAAUAAUCAGUCUGGCUGAUAAGUGGCACUUGUGCCAUCAAGCACCAGACAAUGAUCAUCUGAAAAAAGAUAAUGUCCAAACAUUGCUACUUUACAUUCAAUAGCAUUAUUACCUAUAAAUUCGUCAUUAUCAGCAUUCUGGGCUAUUUUUGACCAGAAACUGAACUGAAUCAGCCAUUUGGAUGCUGUGCCUACAAGAGCAGAUCAAAUGGUUGGAAUUCAGUGGCAACUAACUCAUGUUCUGACUCCCCGAAGCCUGCUGCUAUCGACAGAUCAGAAGUCAGGAGUGUGACAGAAUACUUCCCACUUGACAGGAAAGAUGCAGCUCCAUUAACAUUCAUCAAGCUCAACAUCAUCCAGGACAAUGUAGCCCAUUUGACUGGCACCUCCUUCAACACACAGCAGCGGUAGUGUGUGCCACUUUCAAUAUGCAUUGUAGCACUUCACAACCACGCCUUGGACAGCACCUCCCAACCUGUGAUAUCCAGCACGUAGAAAGGCAAUGGCAGUAGGUACUUAGAAAGUCAUCACUUACAGGCUCCCCUUCAAGCCACACACCAAGCUAUCUUGGAACUAUUGUUUGAACUUGAAUUGUUGCCAUAUCAUCACAAUCACUGGGUCAAAAUCCUGUCAUUCUCUCUCUAACAGAAGUGUAGGUAUAUUUAGUUCCCAAGGAUUGCAGUAUUCAAGAGGGCAGAGUACUACCAUCUUCUGAAUGCAGAAUACUGAAUACAGAGUUAAUGGCAGGAUUCUCGGCAGUGUGGAGGAACAGUGGAAUCUUGGGGUCCACAUCCAUAGAUCCCUCAAAGUUGGGACCCAAGUUGAUAGGGUUGUAAAGAUGGCAUAUGGUAUGUUGGUUUUCAUUGGCAGGGGAAUUGAGUUUAAGAGUCGUGAGGUUAUGCUGCAGCUCUAUGAAACCCUGGCCAGACCACAUUUGGAAUAUCAUGUUCAGUUCUGGCCACUUGAUUACCGAAAAGAUGUGGAAUCUUUAGAGAGGGUGCAAAGGAGAUUUACCAGGAUGCUGCCUGGACUGGAGGGCAGGUUUUAUGAGGAAAGGUUGAGGGAGAUAGGGCUUUUUUCAUUGGAGCAAAGAAGGAUGAGAAGUGAUUUGAUGAAUGUUUACAAGAUGAUGAGGCAAAGAUAGAGUGGAUAGUCAGACACUUUUUCCCAGGACGCAAAUGACUAUUUCAAGGGGGCAUAAUUUUAAGGUUAUUGGAGGAAGUCUUGGCGAGAUGUCAGAGGUAGGUUUUUCACACAGAGAGUGGUCAGCGUGUGGAAUAUGCUGAUUGCAGUGGGAGUGGAGUCAGAUACUUUAGAGACUUUUAAGUGACUCUUGAAUAGGCACAUAGAGGAUAAUAAAAUGUAGGGUAUGCAAGGUAGAUUGAUCUUAGUAGGAUAAUAGGUCAGCACAACAUCGUGGGCUGAAGGACCUGUACUGUGCUGUACUGUUUCAUGUUCUAUGUUUUAUGUACUAUGUUCUUUGUUCUUUGGGGAAAAUAGGAAUGGCCUAUAAAUGUUAGCCUAGCCAGCAAUGCCCAUAUUACAUGUACCAAUAAAAACUCAUAUUUCUCAGGAGUGCGAUGAAGUCAUGAGGAAAGCGUCUGCUCUUCAGGAGUGAGGUGGAACCAUAAGGAAAACCUCUGUCCCACUAGGCUUUAUGUGGAAUUUCUAAAAACAAUUAAAUUUACUGACGGCCAAAUCUGAGGCACAAUUUCAGGAAAGAGUCCUGCAAAAAUUUUAAGAGAGGUUUGAAAAGUUACACAGCCCAGCAUGCUCUCAGUUUCAUUUCAGGUAUCUUUGAGGUGCUGAGAAAAGCCUUAGAACCGUGUCUGCAUGGGUUUCCUCCGGGUGCUCUGGUGUCCUCCAACAGUCCAAAGAUGUGCAGGUUAUGUGGAUUGGCCAUGUUAAAAUUGCCUGUAGUGUUCAGGGGUGUGUGGGUUAUAGGGGGAUGGGCCUGGGAGGGAUGCUUCAAGGGGCGGUGAGGACUUGUUGGGCCGAAGGGCCUGUUUCCACACUGUAGGGAAUCUAAUAAAUAAAUAAAUAAAAUGUAGAUCUUUAUACGCAAUUACUUAGAAAUCAGGUGCAAGGUCUAAUUUUUGCCUCACUGAACCAAAUGUAGAAUAGAAUGACAUGGACCUCAAUAACAACUCUGGUUUCCUUUCUGAUGGUUUGUGCUUCACUAAAAGCAGUUUAGAGUUUACAUUGAACAUGCAUGAGAGGGCUACCAGCA